GACGAGCUACAGAGCGGACCGUCGUCGGUUCGUCGUCGUCGUCGUCGUCGUCGUCGCAGUCGCCGCCACCGCUUCGCCGCGGCCAUGCCCGGCGCAAUGCUUCCCGUGAAAGCUGGCCUUGGCCGCGCUCGCGGAGCCACGGGCCUGCUGCUCUCGCUGCUGGUGCUCGUGGCUAAGCUGGCGCUGUGCUCGCGCACCACUGGCACCUGGAUACACGCGGGACUGCGCGGCGGCUCGCUGCUGCUGGACCGGUCGGCCAACAGGUCGCUGACGGGCGGCCUACUGGACGUUCGCCGCGCCGAGCCGGCCGCGCUGUGCGCCGCGCUGCACGGCCUGUCGCGCGGCCAGCUGAAGCUCUGCCAGCUGUCGCACGACCACAUGCCCAGCGUGGCCCGCGGCGCCAGGCUCGGCAUCCACGAGUGCCAGCAUCAGUUCCGCCAGCGCCGCUGGAACUGCUCGACCGUCGACGACGAGAGCGUGUUCGGGCCGGUGCUGGACAACGCGAGCCGUGAGACGGCCUUCGUGCACGCCGUCAGCGCCGCCGCGGUGGUGCACUCGAUCGGGCGCGCCUGCCGCGACGGCCAGCUCUCCUCCUGCGGCUGCUCCAGAGGUGGCCGACCCAAGGACCUCAAUCGUCAGUGGAUCUGGGGGGGCUGCGGCGACAACCUCGAGUACGGCUACAAGUUCUCCCAGUCGUUCGUGGACGUGCGCGAGCGCGAGCGCGGCCACAAGAGGAAGAGCCGCGAGCACGCCAGGAGCCUGAUGAACCUACACAACAACGAGGCUGGUCGCAGGGCCGUCAUCAGACGCUCCAAGGUGACCUGCAAGUGCCACGGGGUCUCCGGCAGCUGCAGCCUCAUCACCUGCUGGCAGCAGCUCGCGCCCUUCAGAGACAUAGGAAAUUACCUACUGGACAAGUACGACGGAGCAACCGAGGUCAAAGUUAACCGGAAAGGUCGCUUGUCGAUCAAAGAUCCACGUCUCUCUUUGCCCACUGCCAACGACUUGGUCUACCUUGACGACUCGCCCAAUUAUUGCUUUGCUAAUUCGUCACUCGGAUCAUUCGGUACUCGCGGAAGAAUCUGCAACAGAACGUCGUCCGGCAUCGACGGCUGCAAUCUUCUGUGUUGUGGUCGCGGUUACAAUACGCAGAAAAGUGCGGUCGACGAAAGAUGCGAUUGCAAGUUCCACUGGUGCUGUCACGUGCAGUGCAGCAAAUGCAUCAAGAGCGUCGACUUGUACACCUGCAAGUGAAAC